GCUGGGGGGGCGAGUGUGUGCCUGUUUGCGCCGCGCCCCGGCUCGCGGCAGCCCCCGGCUGGGCGAGGGGUGUGAUGUGGGAGUGGGGUGGGAGGGGGCAGCGGGCGGGGCCUGCCACGUCACUUGGAGAGUGUGCUGGGGAGGAAGGGCAGAGCCGAGAGCCGAGCCGCUGCAGCUGCGGCGGCUGCAGCGAAGGCUUUAGCCGCGGGGAGGUGGGUCCCCGCGCUCCGGCGCCGGGGCAGCCCCAGGGCCCUCUCCGAGGCCUGCGGCGCGGCUCCUAGCGAGGAGGUGACGGCUGCGGCGGCUGGAACUGCGACCUUGGCCAGACAGAGCCCCGCGGUGGACGUAGGGCGGAGGCCGAGCCCCGCCAGGAGUCUCUGCCGAGCCGGAGGGAGGCGCAUCUGGCGCCUCGGUGCCAGCGGCAGCCUGGGGUCUUGAGCGGCUGGAGGAGCGCGGUGGGCGCCGGGAGAGGAGAGCUGGCCGGACUGGAGGGCGGACCCCCGCGUCCGGGAGCCCGGUCUCGGGCACGGCUGGGCGAAGCCAGGCGUCUUCCCGGGCGGCCAGUUUCACACGCGCCAGUUCGCGGCUCCGGGCAUCCCAGUAAGCCGUAGCACCGAGGCGCGGGCGACUGGAAGCGCAGAGCCGGGUCCUUGGCGCCCAGGUCACCUCCCCAGACCCAGCCUUGCAGGGACCAGGAAUUCAGGGCUCAGCGACCCCAGCGCCAGGUCAGACCGCGAGCCCCACCCUAAGGAGAGGGCGCAGCCGGGAGCGGGGAAGCGGGCGCCGCGCUCCAGGGGUUGUGUCGUGGGCGCCGUCCUAGUGGCGGGGAGCGCGCCGCGGAGGGGGCAUGAGAUCGGAGAAAUCCCUUACGCUGGCGGCGCCGGGGGAGGUCCGUGGGCCGGAGGGGGAGCAACAGGAUGCGGGAGACUUCCCGGAGGCCGGAGGGGGCGGGGGCUGCUGUAGUAGCGAGCGUCUGGUGAUCAAUAUCUCCGGGCUGCGCUUUGAGACGCAGUUGCGCACCCUGUCGCUGUUCCCCGACACGCUGCUCGGAGACCCUGGCCGCCGAGUCCGCUUCUUCGACCCCCUGAGGAACGAGUACUUCUUCGACCGCAACCGGCCCAGCUUCGACGCCAUCCUCUACUACUACCAGUCGGGGGGCCGCCUGCGGAGGCCGGUCAACGUGCCCCUGGACAUCUUCCUGGAGGAGAUCCGCUUCUACCAGCUGGGCGAUGAGGCCCUGGCGGCCUUCCGGGAGGACGAAGGCUGCCUGCCCGAAGGUGGCGAGGACGAGAAGCCGCUGCCGUCCCAGCCCUUCCAGCGCCAGGUCUGGCUCCUCUUCGAGUACCCGGAGAGCUCCGGGCCCGCCAGGGGAAUCGCCAUCGUUUCGGUGUUGGUCAUUCUCAUCUCCAUCGUCAUCUUUUGCUUGGAGACCUUGCCCCAGUUCCGUGCAGACGGUCGAGGUGGAAGCAAUGGUGAUGGUGUGAGCCGAGUCUCCCCAGUUUCCAGGGGGAGUCAGGAGGAAGAGGAGGAUGAAGACGAUUCCUAUGCAUUUCAUCCUGGCAUCACCCCUGGGGGAAUGGGGACAGGAGGCUCCUCCUCACUCAGUACUCUUGGGGGCUCCUUUUUUACAGACCCCUUCUUUCUGGUGGAGACUCUGUGCAUUGUUUGGUUCACUUUCGAGCUUCUGGUGCGCUUCUCUGCCUGCCCCAGCAAGCCGGCCUUUUUCCGCAACAUCAUGAACAUCAUUGACUUGGUGGCCAUCUUCCCCUACUUCAUCACCCUGGGCACCGAGCUGGUGCAGCAACAGGAGCAGCAGCCAGCCAGCGGAGGGGGCGGCCAGAACGGGCAGCAGGCCAUGUCCCUGGCCAUCCUCAGAGUGAUCCGCCUGGUCCGGGUGUUCCGCAUCUUCAAGCUCUCCCGCCACUCCAAGGGGCUGCAGAUCCUGGGCAAGACCUUGCAGGCCUCCAUGAGGGAGCUGGGGCUGCUCAUCUUCUUCCUCUUCAUCGGCGUCAUCCUCUUCUCCAGUGCCGUCUACUUCGCAGAGGCUGAUGAUGAUGAUUCACUCUUUCCCAGCAUCCCCGAUGCCUUCUGGUGGGCAGUGGUUACAAUGACCACGGUAGGUUAUGGGGACAUGUACCCAAUGACAGUGGGGGGCAAGAUCGUGGGCUCUCUGUGCGCCAUCGCUGGGGUCCUCACCAUUGCCCUGCCUGUGCCCGUCAUCGUCUCCAACUUCAACUACUUCUACCACCGGGAGACAGAGCAGGAGGAGCAGGGUCAGUAUACCCACGUCACUUGUGGGCAGCCUGCGCCGGACCUGAAGGUGACUGACAAUGGACUUGGCAAGCCUGACUUCUCCGAGGCCACCCGGGAGCGGAGACCCAGCUACCUUCCCACUCCACAUCGGGCGUAUGCAGAGAAGAGGAUGCUCACCGAGGUUUGAGCCAUGCAGGCAGGGCCUGCAGGAGAAGCGGAGCACUGAACAGUCUCUUAGGCUUCCUUCUCAUUCUCACUACUCCCACCCCAGCUUCAGUUGACUUCCUGACUCCCUCCCCUACACCCACUACCUGGCGUCGAGGACCAAACACCUGGACUGUCAGCUUUGUGCUUGAUCCUCGUGGCAUUCAAGGUUUCUCCAUCUCAGUGACAUUUUUGAAAUUCCAACGGAGCCACCAAUCAUGGCCAUCUUCUGUCACACGGAUGAGAUAUACAUUUUUGUCUGACCUUCCCUCAAGACUCUGAUUUUUCACAUCCGGGACUUUGUAAUAUCUUUAGGAAUGGCAACGUCAACAGAAUGGAAACCAGCCAUACCUGGGUCCUGUCUCUCUCCUUAGUGUCCUUUGCUUUGGGUCUUGCACCUCUCUUAGCUUCUAGCCACUUGGUAACUAGCAGAAGCUGAAGGACAGAAACAGUCCUCACCUGGCUGUUUUAUUCCAGUGCCCUGUAACACCUGUUGGCUGUCCUACAGAAGACCUGUGGUAGAGCCUUUAUUUGCACCACCUCAAAAUAGGUUAUUCAGUUCUAAUCUUGGAUGGAAUUAGAGAAAAUGCAAUCAAAUUUGACCAUCUGGAGGACGUGAGGGUCAGUCCCAGACCAGAGGGGCCAAUGGAUUCUUCCAGGUGUGUUCUGCACAAGAGGCACUGGCCUUUAGUCUACAUGUAGUCCUUCCCACUCUGACCCCCGGAUCCUCUCAAGCCUCCAGGAAGGCUCCUUCUCAGAGCCAAAUGCUCUUUCUGUGCAAGUGCCUUCCUGUGCAAAGGGACUGGAAAAAGGGAACCACAGAGCCAGGGGAAACAGCUGAAUAGAGUCAAGCAAGUGGCUUGACCACUUGCUUGUCUGAAGCAAGGUGCCACUUAAACAGAUGCUGUCAUCCCCAAGGGGCAGAGGGAUCCCGUUGCAGAGGCAGCUUUUUCUCCCUCAUUUUCCCCCAGCCCUCUCUAGCCCUCCACCCUGCUUCCUGGGCAUUCGACUUAGGAUUGCAGUUGAAGGCAUUUUAAAGCAAACUGCAGCUUAAACCCACAGACAGGUAAAAGUGUAAUUGGAUGCCAGCAUGGGUUUCUUCCCACUUUAUGGGCAGUGAAAUACAUCGUUUAGAGUAAGGAGCAAGCAUUACUCCUUUGCCAACAGCCUCACUGUGAGAGGUUUUUGCUGAGUCAAGCAAACGCUUGCCUGUUUACCCCUCGGAGCUGCAUCUGGCCUGCCCUCACUGGUAAGGUAAAGUGGUGGUGUUCCCAUGUGGGCUAAGCCACCUUCUUCUAUUGGGAAACCACUGCCGCCCACCACCUGCCCGCCUCCCCUCCUUUCUCUCCCAGUAACAUUGCCAUUCAUUUUUACCUUUGAUAAACUGUGAUGUACUAUUCUGAGCUCUUCUGGGUGCAGUUCUGAAACCAAAAGGACUGUUAACAUGUUUUUAAUGUUAUAUCUAUGCUUUAAGACUCUUGGAUGAGAAUUUUUUAAAAAGAAUUAUUUUGUCAAAGAGCAACUAACAAGGGGGACAGCCUUUUGAGGGUUUGCUUGAGAGGCAGUGUGGCUCCUACCAGUGCCAGAUCUAAAUCUGGAUUUUGUCGCAGUUUUACAGGGUAACUUUGGCACCACAGUCCCUCUUUGUGCCUCAGUUUUCUCACCCAUUAAAUGGGAACACUAAUGUCUUCCCCUCCCUACCUCAUGGGGACUGUCAAUGAACUCAUCUGGGAAGCUGGAGAUGAUGCUAUGCAAAUGCAUGAACUUUGGUAAAGAAUUUGAU